ACUCAGAUAUGUAUUACUAAAGUAUAUAAGGCAGAGUUGGUAAUAGAUUAUUUUAUUUAGACAGACAGGAAACUACCAAAUGUUUUCUUUUUUUUUAACGCGCCGUACACACUGCGCCUGCGCACUGAGCGGAGCCUGCUGCUGUUUUCGGCAUUCGGGUCCAACUCGCUUUCGCUGGAGAAGCAAGCGGCUGCUGGGAAGACGCUGCAAAUGUGCGGACAGCACAGCCCAGCACAGCCCAGCACACGAUGACCCCAAAACAAACUCGGUGAAACGGGAUCAUGCGCAUUGCCAUACUUGGCGCACGCGUGGCGAGACGCUCGAUCGUGCGUGUCUGAUCUUGACUGAUGUUCUCCAGUUUUGAGAUGAUCUAUUUUUGUGAUGGCGAAGGGGCUGUUUCCACGGGCCUGGGUGAAGAAGUCAUUCUAUUUCCAGGCCCGGAUCUCCUUUGUGAGGGUGAAGUACUUGUUCCUCACCUGGCUGACGGUGCUGGUGGGGAGCUGGGUACUCUACGUGCAAUACUCGGCCUACACAGAGCUGUGCAGAGGACACCAGUGCAAAAACGCCAUUUGUGACAAAUAUCGGAGCGGAAUCAUUGACGGCUCGGCCUGCAGCAGCCUGUGUGAUAAAGACACGUUCUACAUAAGCAGAUGUUUGUCAACACUCCCAAACAAUCAGGUGUACACGGGGAGCUGGGGCGACCACGAGGGGAUCGUUCGCUGCCAUUUGGGGAAAGUCACGCACUACGAGGUGGACGCCGAGCCGGAGCAUCGGAAGGAGAUCCCUCUGUUCGAUACCCCCACCAGAGGCACAUCAGUGGAGAAAUUCCGAGAGAUGGUCUUAAAUCACCUUAAGUCCAAACUCGGAGAUCAGAGCAACCUUGGCGGUCUGGCAAGCGUGAUCCUCUCUGUGGCGGACGGCAACAAAGACGGAAAAGUGUCCCUGGCGGAAGCCCGCUCCACGUGGGCCCUCCUGCAGAUCGAUGAGGUUCUUCUGGGCCUGCUGCUUCAGGAACGCGGUCACACCCCUCGCCUCCUCGGUUACUGCGGCGACCUCUACAUGAUCGAAAGGGUCCCCCACGGGCCCCUGUAUGGUGUGUCUGUACCUUGGCCGCUGGUCUCCUGGGUCCCCGGCGGCUUACAGCGGACCAUGGACCAGUGGUUCGCCCCCUCGUGGCCCCGCAAAGCCAAGAUCUCCAUGGGCCUCCUGGAGCUGGUGGAGGACAUCUUCCACGGCACGUACGGCAGCUUCCUCAUCUGCGACCUGGCGGCGGCCCACUUCGGCUACACGGACGGCCACGAGCUGCGCCUCACCGACGCCCGAGCAGUGGUCCCGGAAAGCCAGUUCCGGCGGGGCAUGCGAGCGCUGCGCUGCCAGACGGACGCCGACUGCGUGUACGGGGCGGACUGUCGGACGUCGUGCGAUACGGUAAAGAAACGCUGCAGGGAGGGGCCCGUUCGGCCCAAUUUGGCCAAAGCGUGCAGUACGCUGAAGGACUACCUCCUGCACGGGGCGCCGUCCACCCUGCGGGAGGAGCUGGAGAGGCAUUUGUACGCCUGCAUGGCCCUCAAGGGCGACGCUGGGCAGCUGAACAUGGAGCACUCGCUGCUCCUCAACAACUUGAAGGCGCUGCUGUGGAGGCAGAUCUCACACACGAAGGACUCGUGACCGGCAAGGAAGGGAAGGAAGGAAGGAAGCGCUAACCAUGCUGUAAAAUAAGAUGUGAAGAAAAGCACAUUUCGUGAAGUUAGGGGUAUUGGGCUUUCGAGUUUAGCUUCAGGCCGGACCUUCAAAUUUUAAAUGAACUGAAGAGGAAAAUUUGAAGAAGAAAAAAAAAUAAUAAGAAUGGGCAAUAUGACUAACUUAUUUUUAGGUUGUUUUUUUUGCAAUUGUAUAGUUCAACAUAUUUGAAUAAUCUUUUCUUCCCUAAUUCGUCUCACAACUUGCUAUUGUCAAAACAGAAAAAUAUUAAAGGUGAUUAAACUUGGGGUGGGCAAUAUGACUUUUUAAUUACAAAAAAAAAUCAAAUUAUUCGAUUAAUCGUGUUUGGGCCUAAUUUCUUUCAGUCGUUUUUGCACAAUUCGCUGUUGAGAAAAAAUUCAUAGCACGGAGGGCUGGGCGAUGGAGCCACCCGCCCCGCUAGCAUUCUUUUGUAAUCAAAUUACUCUUUAAUCGAUUAAUUGUUUCAGCCCUAAUUAGUUUCAAAACUUUUCGUAUAACUUGCUAUUCUUGAAAAACAACCCGACGGUCAAGAUUCUCAACAGGAGUUGGAGCUCUCUCACUUCUGUCCCUUUCUGUGACCCUUCCAAUUUCUCCGUUUUAACCUUUUGAAGAUCCUGUCGAAAGUCUCGACGUUGCAAGAGGAAAGUGGCCACUGAGAUUGAGCUAACAAAUUGGCAUAAACAGAGAUAGAGACUGGAGGAGUCACAGAGAGGAAUACAUCCUUGCAAAUACAUUAUUCCUCUUAAAAGAGAAGCAAGUAGUGCAAAAGCUAUUGAACAGUUCGACAUCAAGGCUCCAAGUUCACCUGAAAAGCUUUUCGUGCAUUUCGGUUCAUUUUGAACUUACAACCUCACAAAGCCCAAUAUCCCAAAAGACAUUAUGGACAUUUGUAUACAAAGAUCAUUCAUACGGUAUAUAUAUAUUUUUGACUUCCUGUAGGUGCGUCCCAAUUCUUUUGGCCAUAUAGUGUAUUUUCAGGGGAUGGAAAUGACUUCUGUCUGAUGAAUAUUUCGAGAACAUAAGACUCUUAAAGCUGGGUAAUCUUGUUUUGGGAAACUUGAGCUGGGACACUCGAAGACUAUACAAUUCUUCUGUUUUUAUUGAUUUUUUUUUUUUGGGGGGGUGGGUUAACAAUAUUAGUGUGGGUUUAUGUAGUAAGAAAUAUGUAAGGUCCCCAUUUAUUGCGAUGACUUUUGCAUGCUUAUUUUUUUAUGAAAACAUAUUCAUUCGAGAUACUAAUUCUAACCCGGUAAAGCACUAGUUAUGAAGGUUCCACUUUUUUCUCCUACAUUGUCAAAACUUUAGUAACACUGGUUCAGAAAAGGUUUUGUUUCGCAUUAGACUCUGAUUCGGUGGUCAGUGGCUCAUUUUGGGGCGUUGCUUCAACCACUGAGCUGAAGAAGCUCAAUCCUGAGCGACACUAGAAGUAAAUCUGCAAAGGUUGAAUUAAGGGAACUGGACUGUUCUAGUUUGUUGACCCUUUCAUCCAAAAGGCUUCUUCAAAUCUAAGUUCGCGGUGUGUGUCUCUUAUGGGUGGUCAAUAAUCGUGUUUGGCCAGUAAAGUGAAAUUCUCACUGCACUGCACUGUGGAAAUGACAAAAAUGAGUUUGCUUCUUGGGAUUUUGUCCUUAGCGUGAAUUAGCUUUAGUCUGAAGAUGUUCGUAAGGUUUGAGAUUUGUAGAAAAUGCGUUUCAUUGAUGAAUCAGAUGAAGAAGCCUUUUGGCACAUAGUGUUCAAAAUGAUGGCAGUGCAAUGUGACUAACCAGAUAAAUCCACAUUCGUUUUUUGUUUUGUUUUUUAUCGCUACAUCAAACAAGGUGCACGACAUUCUCAGAAAACCAACAAGACCCAACAUUCAUCAUAUACAUACUCUUGAUAAGGCUGUGCAAUUUGUAAAAAAAAAAAAAAAAAAAGUCUGCCGUUGACUUGACAAACUCAAAACUUUUUUGUUUCUAGAAUUUACCGAUCCUUUGAAUCACUUUUGAAUCACUAAAGUAUCAUCUGCGUGGCAUGGAAUCAAGCAACUUGUGUCACCUUUCACUGUUAUCCCACUCCAAGAUUUCUUAACGAUAUUUCAUGAUUCAUUUACAUCUCUCGGUUUUGAUUCAGAAACAGCAUUUUUGAUGUCACCCCCACACGUUCUUGAUUGGAUUUAGGUCAGGGGAUUGGGCUCACCACUCCAUGACAUUAACUUUGUCGGUUUGGAACUGAGACUUUGCAUUUUUACGAAUGUGUUUGAGGUCAUUGUCUUGUUGGAACACCCGAUUCAUUGGCAUGUCCUCUUCAGGAUACGACAACAUGACCUCUUCAAGUAUUUCGACAUAUGCAAACCGAUCCAUGAUCGCUGGUUUGCGAUAACCAUGCCCACAUCAUGAUGCUUGCACCACCACGCUUCACUUCCUUCACAGUGUACUGCAGCUGUCACAGUACUUCCAGGUGACUCCAGACUGCCUUUGGUCAUUGGCUGAGCCCUUGGCAUUCCGCGAUCCAUUUUGACUGUUGUCUUCCGUUUUCUGCCGCGCGUCUCUGGUUUUGCUCUUCAUUUUAAGGGAUUAGCGAUCAUUUUAGCUGAACAGCCCAUCAUUUUUUUUCCACCUCUCCAAUCAAACAUUCAAAGUACGCUGUUCUCCCAAACAAUGAGCAAGGAGAAUUUAACAUGGCCUCAUUCUUAAAUAGGGGCCACCUGAGUCACAGCUGAUUUUCACAAAAUUGAUGACCUCACUGAUUGAAUAACAUAUUUUUUGUAAACACACCCCUUUCAGCAAAUUGCCCUUAAGAGUGUGGAUGUCAUGAAUGUUGGAUCUUGUUGGUUUUCUGAGAAUUUACUGGGAACUUGUUUGUAGCUGAAAAUGCGGAUUAAUCUGGUUAGUCACAUUGGACUGCUUUUAUUUUGAACACACCUGUGUGAAACAUAUUCAACAAUUCCAGUUGCAACCUUUGCAGAUGACCAUAACCCGAAUGACUGAGAAUCUACAAAUGUAUGAUACUCAAAAGGCUUAUCCUUGGCCGUGAUGUGUGUGAAGUGUUUGUAUUUCACAUCAUUUUGAAUACUAAUGAUCAAUCACAGAGCUGUAUAGUCAUUUGUGAAUGUUAACCACUAUUUUUCCACUAGAAGAACAUUAUUUUACUGCCUGUUUUGGGUUUCCCUUAUCACAGUGCCAUAAGCAACAUGCUUGAGGUCUUAUGAAUGUCAUGUGUGAAGAUCUUUUUUUCCACAAUCUCGUCGUUGCACUCAAAUGCUGUAUAAAAAAUGCACAAAGUCUACUCGAGCCACAGCUGACAGGAAGUAACUUUCUUAUGUUGUGUAAUGUGUCAGGACCUACAGAAAAAGCUGAAGCGGUGCUCAAAGCUGCUGUAUGGACUAAGUGGUUUUCAUAGAAAAAUACAUGCAUGACUUUGCACAACUGAGAAUAAAGUACACUAUUUUGCUGUCUUUUA